CAAGAAGAUAGCCACUGCUUUCUUCACGUGAUGACGUUAAUUUAUCGAAACGACGCAUACUCUUUUUCUCCUCCUUCACCUUCUUCUUCACUCUCUCUCUCUGCUCUUCGUUUCCACUCUGUUUCUUUCUCAGCAACUUCUCCACCAAUUUUUCUUUCUCUGUUUGUUUAUACUUUUGCGUUAGUUUGACUGAAUUUAUUGAAUUUGACUCCUACCACAUCGAUUGCGAACGAAGCUACCACACAGCAAUGCUACCUUCGCUUUCCAAAUCUAUCCGUUUCUAGGGUUUAGCUCCGAUUUCAGAUCAUGCACGGCCUUAGCCGCCUCGGCAACGGCAACGGAAUCAAUCGAUCCAACAUUGCAUCACCUCCUUCUUCACCACGAAUCCGUCACAGCAGGGGAAAAACCUCCACCGGCGUUUACAGAUCGUCGGAAAAGCAAGGCACAGGAGAGAGACUCGUGUUCUUCCUCUUCUCAAUAGUUUUUAGACGGAAAGGCGUGUUGCUCUUGGCGCCUCUUCUCUACAUCGCCGGAAUGUUACUUUUUAUGGGCUCGUUUGGGUUCACAGUACUCGAUCUAGGUCACGGCGUUGAGAUUGUGUAUAGACGAGGUCCUUCAGGUUCGGUUUACCGGAGUCCCAAGGUUUUUAACCGGCUCUGGCCGAUGAUGGAGGCCGAUUCUAAUCGGAGCAGUCACAAUGCGCUGAUGACAGCAUGGAAGCCAAGAGUUAAAAGCAUAUGGAAACCAUGCAUCAGCACCAACGUUUCUUCUUCAGGAUCCAAUUCUAAUGGUUACUUCAUAAUCGAAGCAAAUGGUGGAUUGAAUCAACAACGCUUGUCCAUAUGUGAUGCAGUUGCUGUGGCUGGACUGCUAAAUGCUACUCUUGUCAUCCCGAUUUUUCACCUAAACAGUGUAUGGCGUGAUUCCAGCAAAUUUGGCGAUAUAUUUGAUGAUGACUUCUUCAUAUAUGCGCUUAGUAAAAACGUGAAUGUAGUGAAAGAGCUCCCAAAAGACAUACUUGAGCGGUACAACUACAAUAUAAGCAGUAUUGUUAAUUUGAGAUUAAAAGCUUGGUCGAGUCCAGCAUAUUAUCUUCAGAAGGUGCUCCCACAACUUUUGCGUUUGGGGGCUGUCCGUGUUGCACCAUUCUCCAACAGGUUAGCUCAUGCAGUUCCCGCACACAUUCAAGGGCUAAGAUGCUUAGCAAACUUUGAAGCAUUGAGAUUUGCAGAGCCCAUACGGUUGCUUGCAGAGAAAUUGGUCAAUAGGAUGGUUACGAAGAGUGUUCAGAGCGGAGGAAAAUAUGUUUCUGUUCAUCUCCGCUUUGAAAUGGACAUGGUCGCCUUCUCGUGUUGCGAAUAUGAUUUUGGAGAGGCAGAGAAGCUAGAAAUGGACAUGGCCAGGGAAAGAGGGUGGAAAGGAAAGUUCAGGAGAAGAGGCAGAGUAAUUAGGCCUGGUGCAAACCGCAUAGACGGAAAAUGCCCUUUAACCCCACUUGAGGUCGGGAUGAUGCUUAGAGGCAUGGGUUUUACCAAUAGCACCUUAGUUUACGUUGCUGCGGGAAACAUUUACAAAGCUGAAAAACACAUGGCUCCUCUUAAGCAGAUGUUUCCUCUUCUCCAGACCAAAGAUACUCUAGCUACCCCCGAGGAACUUUCUCCGUUUAAGGGACACUCAUCAAGAUUAGCUGCUCUUGACUACACAGUAUGUCUCCACAGUAAAGUGUUUGUAUCCACACAAGGUGGAAACUUCCCUCACUUCUUGAUAGGUCACCGCCGCUACCUUUACAAAGGUCACGCCGAGACUAUCAAACCCGAUAAACGGAAACUGGUUCAGCUCUUCGAGAAACCGAGCAUUAGAUGGGACUACUUCAAGAAACAAAUGCAAGAUAUGCUUAGACACAAUGACGCAAAAGGAGUCGAACUGAGGAAACCUGCUGCGUCGCUUUACACGUUCCCUAUGCCUGAUUGUAUGUGCAAAGAACCUGAUCCUGAACCUGAAACAGAUCCAGCUUAAAGAUGAAUUUUGCUGUUCUACAUUCAGCAAAUGCAAAGUACGAACAAUUGUUUAAUGACUCCAACUAUACAUGUAACUUAUAUAUAUAUUUGUUGUGUCAUGUUUCUUGUAUAAGUGUUUUUUGUUUUUAUUUUUCCUCCCACGUUCGAGGAAUCUAAGAUUUCUUGAUUUGGAAUUUUGUGUGUACAUAACAUUCUUUCAACGUUAAUGACCGACCCUUUUCUCUUUUUGUUGUAUUGUUUGCACAUUUUGAUAAUCUAUGUAAUAGAUAACUUAUGAACAAAGGAUUCACUCUUUUCUAC